GACAGAGGAGACAUGGAACCUGACGCGAGACGGACUUUCCUGCUUCUUCUCAUCUGUUUGCAGACGCAAGACUGCUUCUCAUCCAAGGCAGAGGACCGUUUGUUCAGGAAGCUUUUCAGACGAUACAACCAGUUCAUCAGGCCGGUGGAGAAUGUCUCUGACCCCGUCACCGUGGAGUUCGAGGUCUCCAUUUCACAGCUGGUUAAAGUUGAUGAAGUGAAUCAAAUCAUGGAGACAAAUUUAUGGCUCAGGCAUAUUUGGAAUGACUAUAAACUACGAUGGAAACCACUAGAAUUUGAUGGAAUCGAGUUCAUCAGAGUUCCAUCAAACAAGAUCUGGAGACCUGACAUCGUUCUCUACAACAACGCUGUAGGUGACUUCCUGGUGGAGGAUAAGACCAAAGCUUUGCUGAAGUUUGAUGGAACCAUCACUUGGGUUCCUCCUGCCAUUUUCAAAUCCUCGUGUCCGAUGGACAUCACCUACUUCCCCUUUGACUACCAGAACUGCUCCAUGAAGUUUGGCUCCUGGACUUAUGACAAAGCCAAGAUUGACCUGGUGCUCAUUGGAUCCAAGGUAAACCUGAAAGACUUCUGGGAGAGCGGCGAGUGGGAAAUCAUCGACGCUCCAGGCUACAAACAUGACAUCAAGUACAACUGCUGUGAGGAGAUCUACCCAGACAUCACCUACUCCUUCUACAUCCGGCGCCUGCCACUCUUCUACACCAUCAACCUCAUCAUCCCCUGCCUCCUCAUCUCUUUCCUCACAGUGCUGGUUUUCUAUCUCCCAUCCGACUGUGGAGAGAAGGUCACGCUCUGUAUCUCCGUCCUGCUCUCCCUCACUGUGUUCCUGCUCGUUAUCACAGAGACCAUCCCCUCAACAUCGCUAGUGAUCCCUCUCAUUGGAGAGUACCUGCUCUUCACGAUGAUCUUCGUCACACUCAGCAUCGUCAUCACUGUGUUCGUGUUGAACGUGCACUACCGCACGCCGAUGACCCACACAAUGCCGUGCUGGGUGCGGUCUGUGUUUCUCAAAGUGCUGCCGAGGAUCAUGCUGAUGCGGAGACCCAUCGAUGAGGAUGGCAGGGCCGGGUGGUUGGACGACAGUGGGGAAGCAGGAGGAGUUGGAGGGGGAGGAGGAGGCGGAGGAGGGAAAGGGAGGAAGAAGCAGAAGAACAGCCUGAUGCAACAGGUUGGAGGAGGGUCACUCAACUGUUUGGAGUUUGGGGACAAUAAGCUCUCGUCCGUGGAGAGCUGCAGUGAAAAUAAAUGCCCCUGCCAGCAUGGAAGGGAGACCCCAGACACUCCAGACUCUGGACAGAUUAGGCGUCAGCUGAGCCCUCAGAACAUCAACACCGUCAUGGCCUUCUCUGUGUUGUCACCAGAGAUCAAACAGGCCAUCGAGAGCGUCAAGUACAUCGCCGAGAACAUGAGGAGUCGGAACAAGGCCAAAGAGGUUGAAGACGACUGGAAAUACGUCGCCAUGGUGAUUGACAGGAUCUUCCUUUGGGUUUUUGUGACCGUGUGCAUCCUGGGAACCAUGGGCCUUUUCUUCCAGCCUCUCUUUAGUUUCCUCUCAUGA